AUAAAUGUGAGCUGACACGACAUCUCUUCAUUGAUAAGCGACUGUUGAUCGGUUCGACGCAUUUGGAUAUCUUUUACGUCUUUACCAGAAUUAUGGCCGCUGAAGUAAAACAUCCUAUCUCAAUGAUAGACCCGUCGCAACUGCUUCGUCCCGAGCCGACGUUCAACGACAAGCCGAUAGACGCGUUCCGUGACUACAGCAUCGACGACGAGGACCCCAUCAAGGCGCGAGUGCGCAGGACUUAUUACACCAUGCACACCAAUGUUACAGUUGAUCUCGUUAAACAGAAGCGCGAAAAGUGGCUGAAGUUCAACCACUUCAAGUCGACGGUGAAGGACGCGCUGAUCAAACUGAACGAGUUGGUCGACGAGUCGGACCCCGACACGGAUCUGCCCAACAUCGUACACGCCUUCCAGACCGCCGAGAGGAUCCGCCAGGACUACCCUGAUGACGACUGGUUCCAUCUCACUGGACUCAUCCACGACUUGGGCAAGGUGAUGGCGUUGUACGGAGAACCUCAAUGGUGCGUGGUGGGUGACACCUUCCCCGUGGGCUGCCGGUGGGGACAGAGCAUCGUAUAUGGUGACGACAGCUUCAAGGACAACCCCGACACGCACGACCCGAGAUACAACACGCAGUACGGCAUGUACUCGCCUCACUGCGGCCUGGACGCGCUGCUCAUCUCGUGGAGCCACGACGAGUACCUCUACCAGUUCCUGAAGCACAACCGCAGCACGCUGCCGGAGAAGGCGCUCUAUAUGAUCAGAUACCACUCGCUGUACCCGUGGCACGCCGGCGGAGACUACCGCCACCUAACCAACGAGAAAGAUGAGGAGAUCCUGAAAUGGGUGCAUGAGUUCAACAAAUACGACCUCUAUACGAAGAGUGCUACAGUUCCCGACAUCCAAGCUCUGUGGCCGUACUAUGAGAAACUUAUUGAGAAGUAUAUUCCUGGCGUUUGCGAGUGGUGAUAUGAUAUAAUUUUCGUCUCACUAGCCCGGAAAUGCUUGCUUUAGACGACGAAGUAAACGUGUGAAAGUUAAUUUUAUCGGCUAGUGUACACAUAGGUACAAAGUAGGUACUUAUAUUCGAAUUUUGAAAGUAUUUGACACUCAGUUGGUAGAUUUUUGAUACACAUUAUUUUGAAAUAUGUACCUACAUACUUAAUUAUUAUCCGUUGGUACCUACUAUACGUUCACUAUUCGUUUAAAGCAUGUAGGUACCCAUAUUUUACAAAUAUCUACUAAUUACUAUUGUAUUUUGUUAAUUUAUUUUUAUUGUUUCAAUUUAAAUGUGUUAUUAUCUAAUUACUUUUUUUUAUUUAUUGUUAAACGAUUUUAUUAAGUUUUAUAACGAUAUUAUUAAAUAUAUAAAAAAUACCCAUGUACCUAAUUACUUAAUAAAUAUUUUAUUAUUUACUUAAUGAUUAUUUUACUCACAGCUUAGAUGUACCUACAUUAUUUUUUUUAUUCAAUUUAAUUCCGAUAUCAUACUCUAACUAAUUAACUGUAACUGAUGAAGUACUAUAGGGAGCAAAAAAAAACAUUUUAGUAAAAAAUAAUGAUAAUUAAUGAAAACCAAUUUAAAAAUCUGUAGGUACCAUCACUGAGGUGUGUGUGUGAAAUUACUAACUA